AUGUUCUUAAUAAAAAGCCGAGCCAAUCGACAACCUUCAUGUGAUGGUCUUUAUUUUUUAUAUUUUUUCUUUAUAUUACAUAUAUGUACAGCAUUUUUAACAAUAAUCAGUGCACUUAAUAGUGAUUUGAAAGACAAUGAAGCAAUUAUUCAAUUAUCCAUGGAUUCAAUUCAUGUUGUCGAAUCUUCAGAUCAUCAAAUUGUAAAUAUUGAAGAAAAUAUAAAUGAUAAUGAAGAAAAAGAACUUCUUACGGCUCUAUUAACAUCUUAUGAUGAUGAAAUAGAAACAAUUAAAAAAAUUGAUAAUGAAAUACCUAUAAUAACUACUUCAACAUCAAUACGUUUUAUUCCUUCUUUAUUAAAUUUUGCUGAACAAUCAAUAGCAAUACCUCAAAUGCAAACAGUUAUUAUAAUUAAUGAUGAUUUAGAACCACUUGAACUUUAUUCAUUAACAGCAACAACUAAUCAAUUUUAUUCAUCAUUUUUUAAACAAAUUAUUCUUUCAUCUUAUGGUGAUAAAAUAUCAAUUAAUAUUUAUUAUUUACCAAGAACAAUUGGUAUUACAAAUAGUUUAUUUACAAUAAAAACAAAUCGUGGAAAUUUUUAUUAUAAUGUUAGUGGUAUUGGUAAAUUAAAUCCAUUUCGUUUACGUCCAUUAAUAAAUGCAAAUAUACCAUUGAAUUCUACAUAUGAAUAUACAAUACAAUUUUAUAAUCCAUAUAAUUAUUCAUUAGAUAUAAAUGAAAUUUAUACAAGUGAUGAAAAUUUAAUUAUUGAAUUUUUAACUAAAAGAAAUAUAAAAAAUCGUAUAACAAAAACAUUUGAAUAUUAUGAACAAUGGCGUUUAAAACCUUAUGAAAUAAAAUCAAUUAUUAAAAUAAAUUAUUUUGCAUAUAAAUUAAAUAAAUUACAUGCAUAUAUUUGUAUUAAAACAAAUUUUAGUGAUAUUAUUAUUAUACCGGUGGAAAUAAAUGUUUUUAAUCGUUCAGGUCUUUAUUCAAAUGUUGAUUUAUUAGAAUUUACUAAUCAUAGAUUUAUACUUUCAUCAAAUAAACCAAUAACAAUACCAGUUUAUGUAUUCAAUAAUGGUUUAAAUCCGAUGAUCAUCACUGAUGUUCGUGUAACACCCGAACAUAAGAAUUAUAUAACUAUUCAUUUUAAAAAUCUUCCAAUUCCUUCUGAUAUUCAUCGUUUAAAUCAAAUUGCUGAUAUAACUAUUCAUCCAAAUUUAAUUUCUAAUAAUAUUCAUUAUAUAAAUGGUUAUAUUCAAGUAUAUUCAUUAUCAAAUAAUGAAGAAUUUGUAUUAGAAAUACCUUUUCAUGAAACAAUAUUACAUGGUUCACUUCAUUAUAAAAAAGAAGAUACGUUUUUUUAUAUUUCAUCAUCUAACCAUGAAACACUUAAUGAUAAUAUAAAACAAUGUCAAUCGAUUAAACUUCUUAAUCAAUAUAAUAUACCAAUUUCUGUAUAUAAUAUAACAGUGAAUAAAUUAGAAUUACUUUCACAAUUUGUUAAAAUCGAACAUCGUUUAUCAUUUUUUUAUUUGUAUCCCGAACAAUGGAGUGAAUUAUUAUGUAUAACUCAUCUUAAACAAUCAUUAUCAUCUGUACCAUUUACUAAUAUUCAAACAUCUAUUGAUAUUCAUACAAAUAUUUCAAAUUUUAUUAUUCCGAUUUAUUUAUACAAUGGAUUUCUUAGUGUUAAUCUCUUAACUGAUCAUACAAAUGGUGGUAUUAGACAAUAUGAAAAAAAUCCAUAUGAACUAUUCAUAACAAGUAUACCAAUGAAUACAUCUCGUAAAGUAACAUUUGUAUUAACAAAUACAAAUCCAAUUGAUAUUGAAAUAAAAAAAUUUUAUUCUACUUUAUCAAAAAAUAUUGAUAUUGAACUUGAUUAUAUGACAUUAUUAAAUGGAAAUAAAACAAAAAUAAUCAAUAAAAAUAUUAAUAUUUCUCAAAUGGUUAUUCCUGAACAACAUCAAGCUAUUUUUUCAUUAACAAUUAAUGGAACAAAGUUACCGAAAUUUUAUAAUGAAUCAAUUACAUUUGAAACAAAUUAUCAAACUCUUAAAUUAGAUGUGAACUAUCAAAUAAUCAAUGGUUCACUUGAAUUUAUGAAUAAAACACCAAUACAUAUCGAUGUAUUUCCGAAUCGUCUUGGAACAGCAGAUAUAUAUCUACAAAAUAAAUUUGAUGAAUCAAUUAAUAUUACACGUAUAGAUUUUAUAACAUAUGGAAUUUGUUUUUCAUUUACUUGGAAAAAUACAUCAAUUGGUCAUGUUGAACUUCAAUCAAAUAAAAUACAACAAAUUGGUACACUUAAUUUUGAUAUGACUCCAUUAUGUAAAAAUAUUCAUACUCUAUCUGAAUCAACUUGUUAUUGUGGUUUAAGUCAUCAUCGAGAAUUUAAACAACGAUGGGAUGAACAUAUAUCAGCAUUGAAUACAUAUGAACUUGAUCAUAUACUUGUUAAUCAAUUUCGAAAUCUUUGGAAUGAAUGGACAACACUUGUACAACAACAACAAGUUCAAACAAAUAUUUGGUUAUAUACUGAUCGAGUUAAUAUAUCAUGGCCAGUUACAAUUGGAUUUAUUUGGCCAUCUGUACUUGAAUAUAUGUCAUCAUCAUUAUCUCGUACACCAAUGAUUCUUGAUUUUGAUGUUAUAUAUAUUAAUAUAACUAAAACACAAAAUAUUAUUAUAACAAAUCCAUCUUCAGAUCUUGUUACUUAUUCCGUUGAACUUCUUAAUAAUUAUCCAAAUAAUUCAAAAUCAAUGAUUAAUGAUCAAGUUUUUACUAUUUCAACAACAUCAAAAGAAAUCAAAUUAAUCAAUGAUAUUUAUAAUUUUAAUCUUUUACCUAAUGAACAUAUAACAUUUACUAUAUCGUUUCAACCAAUAUUAUUAAUCAAAUAUGAAAUGUAUCUUAUUAUUCGAAAUAAUUUAACAAUAAUUGAAUCAAUACUUUUACGUGGUGAAGGUGGUAUUGGUAGUUUACAAGUUGGAAAUCGUCCAGCUGGUUCAUCACUUAUUCCAAUUGUAUUAAAAAUAGAUGAAAAACAGUAUGAACUUUGUUCAAUGGAUAACAAUGAAAAUCCAUUAUUACGAAAACUUAUAACACUUCAUAAUAUUGGAAAUAUGAAAACAAUUAUAUAUGAUAUAUCAUUUGGAAAUUCAAAAUGUUUUGGACAAGGUUUUUCUGUUUCAAUUUGUACAAAUAUUGAAAUUGAAUCUAAUAAAAAAUAUGAUUUAAAAAUUUUAUUUCAACCAGAUUAUACAUCAGAUGAAAUAAAUGAAACAUUAAUAUUAAAUACAAAUAUUGGUCUUAUGACAUUUCCAAUUAUUGUUCAAAUUCCACAACGUGUUUUAUUGUCAUGUUAUAAAACAAUUCCACGUCCAUCAUGGGAAUUACGAACAUAUGGUUUAUGUUUUUGUUCAUUUUUUCUUUUUAUUAUACUUAUUUUUACCACAGCUAUUUAUGAAGCUCGAAGAUUAUUUGAUAAUUAUUUAUCUCGAGCAGAAUGGCGUGAUCGUAUGCAAAUGACAGAUAAUAAAAUCUUUGAUCUUAGUGAUUUAUCAUUAGCUGUACAAGAUGAACAAAAAACUCGUGAACGACUUGAAUCGAAUCCGAUAACAGAUAUGAAAAAAGAAAAAAAUGAAAGUAAACGUAAACGUUCAAAUGCAUCAAAUCAUGAAAAUGAAGAUAAAUCAUUGAAAUCAAUUCAAAAUUCAGAUGGAUUAAAUACAAAUAUUCGAUCAGUAAUAGAUGUAAAUUCUAAAUCAAUAUCACAUAAACAAAGGCGAGCAACAACAUAUAGUGAUUCAUCAAAGUUUUCGAAAUGUCAAAAUGAAAUAUCAUCAAAAAAACAAUCAUUACAAAGACGAAAAUCAGAUCAACAUACAUUAAUAGAUUCACGUAAAAUUACUUCAUCAACGACUGUAUCUGAAGAAGAAAUUGAACCAUUUAUAAUUGCUCGAUCAAAACGUACUUCAAACAAAGUAAAAGAAUCAUCUAAUAAUACGACAUCUCCAUCAAUUAUUGAUAAUACUAUUGCAACAAAACAAAAACCUUCUGUUGAUUCUCAUCAACAAGACUUGUUACAAUUAGAUGAUAACAUUAAUGAUCAACGAUGGCAUAGAGUUAGUUCUAAUAAAGGACAACGUAAAGGAAAUACAAUUCGACGAGAAAUAACUGAUGAAACUCAAGCAACUAAUAAACCUAUCAAAGUAUCAUCAACCAAUUCUGAAAAUUCAAGGAGACUGUCAUCAUCAUCACAUAAACAUAGUUCUAUUUCACAUGAAAUACCACAGUCGCAUUAUCAUCCAUCACAACAUUGUUCUACUCGUAAUUCAUCGUCUAUACCAGUUCCUAUUGAAACAGAAAAAAAGAGUUUACAGGAUGACAUUUCUUUAAUAUCUACUAAUCGAGAAUCGACAUUACGUCAGUUAGCAGAACAGUUAUGGGCAUCUAGACUAUCGUCAUCAACGACGGUAUGUUCGAUGUCUAUACGUUCACGUUGUUCAUCAGCACCAGCAUCUGAACAUGGUGGUGCUCAGAAUGAAACAAUAAAAAUUGAUCAGAACAAUGAUGAAAAAGAAGAUAAGAUCGAUUGGGAUGAACCAGAUGUGCCUGAUGAGGAUUUUGGUCGAUAUGCUUCACAAACAGAAUUUUCUAUGGAUGAAUUAAAUGAUAUAAAUGAACGAACACAAAUACAACAAACUAUAACAACGAAUAAUAUUCCAUCAUUAAUGUCAUUAUCAAUAACACCACCAAUAACAACAAAAAAUAAUCAAGAAAAAUCAACAAUUCCUACAUCUAUAAUCAAAGAAAAUAUUGAACCAUUACCAUUUCCACAACAUGGUUUAGGUCCAAUUCAACGACCAACUAAACUUUCAUGUUCAACAACUAUACAAUCAUCAACAUCAUUUCUUACUGAUUCUACUCAAUCACCAAAUACACCUGAUGUACUUGUUCAAAUAAAUCGUCUUCUUGAUCAUUCAAAUAGUGUAACAACAAUAGCAUCAACACCUAAUGUUCCUAUAUCAACAUUAAUCAAUGAUAUUUCAACACCAAAUGUUUCAUGGACACCAUUUUUACCCGGAGAAUGGUCAUCUAAAUAUGAUUCAUCAUGGCCAACAACAAAUCUUCAAACUCCAAAUGUUUCUAUUACAAGACAAAUACAAAAUCCAUUUUUACAACAACAACAACAACAAAUAACAAAUGAAGAAUCAUCACUUUGGUCAUCAACAUCAUCAAAUCCACGUACAACACAAAAUACUUCUGAAUGGCAUGAAAUUUUUUCAUCUAAUGUUCCUUCAUCAACUCAAACAACAAAAUCAACAGAUAAUUCUUGGUUAAAAUUUUUACCUGUCUCUGAUUCAUCUCCAAUUGAUAGUAUAACAACAAAUAAUAGACAAGAAAAUGAAACAAAUAAUUCAUUUUGGAAUCUAAUGAAUUCUAAUGAAACACAACAAAAUUCAUCAACAUCAUGGUGGCCUAAAACAUCAUCUAAUGGAAAUAAUAAUGAUAAUGAUCAAUCUCGAUGGGAUUUUGCUCGUUAA